GUAAGACAUUGUGUCUAUGGGGUGGAACCCAUAGCUGUCAAAGUCUUCUGCAAUUCCGGCUUGGUAACCACCAUGAGGGAGAUGCAACAGGGUAGCCAACAUAUCAGCAGUAACCGUCACACUGAAAUUGUAGACGGUGGUGGUGAAAUACGACGGAUAACGUCUAGGACUGCACUGCAUACUCGCGUAGGACAUUCUCACAGCUUCAGGGCACUGAUCAAGGAGUCGAUUCUGAAGCAGAGAACUCCACUCAAGGUCAUUGAUAUAUCCAUUAACCCUCAGUCUAUACCGAUUGAAGGUGGUAGGAGGGAUGAGGAAAUUAGUGAUUUGCUCGAACAGAAGCUUAGGGAUUUUAGGCAGUCGCUGAAAAACGAAAGGCGCCACUAUUUUGCUGAACUGGAAUCACACGAGCGACAAAGAGAGUCUGCUAGGGUGAAGAUUAGGCUUAUGCCCACAACCCGAGUGAGCGGCGCUAGCAGAGGAUUUCGAAUGAGGGGACUGAACAGGCAGGAAUCUCACGAAAGGCUGGGAGAUGGACAGGAGAGUGAGCUGGGCUUAGGCCCACAAGGCCUGGUGAGGGGCUUAGAGAAUGAAGGCCGAGGACACACAUUGAAUGUGUUUAAGAAGGCUUAGCCCACUGAUUAUGAUCAGACCAAGAGGCCAUAAUCAGACCUUGAAAAGCUUAACCUAAAUCGUUAAUUUCACUAGACAGAAUAAGCCCUAGUUCUCGAC